AGCCCGGACGACGACAACAACAAACCCCGCCCGCAACUGAUCACCGAGGACAGCAACAGACACCACCAACAACGGCUGGUCCAGACAACGACGACGGUGGGUACCUCUCCCACCACCAGGGGCGUCGCGAUGUCAUUCGGUUUCAGGCGACGCACACCGGCACCGUCUAUAGCGGCGAAUGCGACCGCCGCCCGCCGUUUGGCUAAUAAUGUCGCUACCGCCGAAACUAUUAGUACCAACGAAGCCUACGAUAGAAACGGGAACGAUGCCAGCGAUACGGAUGCGCUGACGUCGAACGUGGCGCCUACGGGAAGAUCGACGCCUCGAUUGGUACCGCCUAAAAAGGAGGCUAACGCCACUAAGGUGUCCAGAUUUGGGUUCAGGCAUACUCAAAACGCUAGAGUGAACAAAGUAGCAGAUGUAAAUAAUACGACAGAAAUUAUGAAUCAAAACAAAAAUAAUCAGUUCAAGAAACCAAUUGCUCUAACAAGAACCGUCGUACCCACUGACAAUAACAAUAGAAAUAGAAUGUACAGAGAGCCUCCAACACAGAUCGGAAAAUACACACUUCAGUCCACACAAUUGCCCCGACCUGAACCCAUUCGAGUUAUAGAAACAAAAUCGGCUAAAACAUUGGCGAACAACAACAAAAGGGUGGCGGGGCUGUACCAGCAACAUCCCGAGGAAACGUCUUCCAAAGAUGGAUCACUUACAGAGGAUUCUGGAGUAGGAAGUCACAUUAGCAGAGAAACCGACGUGGUGCUAAGAGGCCUCGACAAUUUCGACUCAUCCCCAACGUUCGGUGCAAGACGAAGACGAAACAGCCAUCACAAACCUCGAAAUCUGGAAGUAGUGGUGACGGGUUGCAACACGUUCGACGUCAGAGAUUUGAACGACUCCAUAGAUUCUUGUGAUAGCGUAUCCGCUCCCCCGUUGCCCCAAUUGCCCAGCGCCUUUCAUUCCUUACCUGAAAACAAAAACAAUUCAUAUCACCCAUCGGGCAUAGUACGAGAUCGCACCGCAGAAUACCAGCGACAUUUAGACCGAACCGGCAGGCACAGGAAAAUUUCGAAAACUUCAUCUGAAGGUUUCAGCGAUGAUUAUGGAGAGGAAGAAAAGACUUAUAAGGAGCUGUUCAGGAGCGAAAAAACGUUCGUGAAACCGUCUGGCCCUCAACCGACGUUUUUCAAAUCUAGAACAAAUCAGCUCAAGAGUGGCGGCGAUUCGAGUCCACUUAGUUCCGAUGAACAAGAAUGGGCGGGAGGUGAAGCAAUGGCCGAUGAUGUUAGUUUUUCUAUAAGCUCCAGCGAUGAAAGCAAAGAUAAAAACCACGAAGAAGAUGAACCAACUGUCUCGGUAUCGCCUAUUUCCAGCGCCGUGAUUGGUUCGGCUUUGCAGAGCCUUAUGAGCAGUUCGCUCUCGAAAUCUUUCAAUCCGUCGGCCUCAAAAGAAGUCAGAAACGUUAUGUUGACAAUAGAAGAUCCGAAAUUCGCAGCCGUGGCUGCAGCCAGCAAUUCUGGUUCUCUUUUGGAAGAUGAAACACUUCUGUCGCCAGUCGAUAGUAUAAUCAGUUGUUCGGAAUCGGAAGAAAUCAGACGAAAAUUACAACGUAGCUCGUCGAAUUCGAAAGAUAUUAAUGAAAAACUCACACCUCCUAGUCCCGGUACACCAACCAAUGCCUCGAACUCCCUGUCCACGUCUGAUGAUAAUGACAAUAUGAAUAAUAGUGGCAAUAAAGAUGACUUUUUGAUCGACGACGAGAUAGCAGACCAGCCGGCUUUGAUAUUCGAAGAGCCUCGUCAUUUAACAACCGAUAACAGUUCGGAAACGAUUAUGGAAUCCACUCCGAAGCCGAGAAGAAGGAUACUGUCAGGAGUUGAACAUAGUCCUUUGAGCGUCAGAAGUAAGAGAUUUUCGCAAAACAGAACCGGGUCUUUGGAUACGUUGUCACCGUGCGAGAGCAUCGCCAGCGAUGAUUUGAUGAUGGACUUUUGCUACAGUCAGAGCAGCGGACUAGAUGAAUGCGAAGCACAAAGCAGUGGUUAUCCUUCACUGAACGAGACUCUCACACAUAGAGAAGAAACGCUGGAAGUUCAUAGGGGUGCUCGAGACUGGAAUUCUGUUUCUAUGACUGAAGUUUACAAAGGACCAGAAAAACACAAGAAAAGUACCGCAUCAAGGACUCGUCUUCUUUCGUCCAGAGUGAGCACACCGAACUCCACCGUUGACUCGCCCAAAUCUCUGGUGCGCGUCGCACGACCAUCGGCGACCAGCAGUCCGGUUAGACAUGGUCGUGUCGUUAAUCUUUCUUCCGCCUGCGGUUACGAUUCGGACGACAGUAUCCGUCUAGACCGCGCCAGUCAUACGGCCAUCAAACAAGAUAUCGUCGGCAUCAAGACUAUGUUGUUGAAGCUCCGGAGGGUACUAAAUGAGACCGUAGAAGAGGAAUUGUUGAGGUCAGAAACUCACAACCCAUUCGAAAGUCAGCACCUGACGAAUGGGAUCUUCAACAGUCUUUGUCCGGACGACACCAAUACAAGCGAAGAUGGGAGUCCCAAUGCCAAAGUCAUGGUAGAAGUGGCGGACCUCCGUAGGCAGGUACUUUUCCUGCAGGGCCAGCUCGAAGACAGAGAGAAGACGGUGCAGACACUCCAGGAGAAAAUGGUGAGAUUGGCGGAGGAUAACUAUCAUGCGAAUUCGGCGCCGGCGUCUACUACAUGCGAAAGCCAAACUUGUAAUGCUGCUACGCAGACAGAGAGGAUUCGACCAAUAUCGGCGAGCCCCUCACUUCUUAAUGGUUCAUCAACUGACGGUAGUGCUGGGUCACUAGUCAGUGUGACUGAACCGCCACUAACAACACAGUCGCCGACUAGUAGACGUUCCCGGCCCCCCACUCAAUCCUCUGACUCUACGGCGGCGAAGCGAACCCCUUCGAGGCUGUGGAGACAACCGGGGGAACCCCCAUCGCCCCAACGCUACGCCACCACCACUUCUUCUACUUCUUCAAUACCGAAGCGGGCCCAUAGUCGAACUAGAACGCCAGCUUCUACAUCGUGA